GGCCUCGCCGGUGUGGCCGGGUGAAAGGUCGCGAAGAUGGCGACGGCCUUGAGCGAGGAGGAGCUGGACAAUGAAGACUACUACUCGCUGCUGAACGUGCGCAGGGAGGCCUCUUCUGAAGAGCUGAAAGCUGCCUACCGGAGGCUGUGUAUGCUUUACCAUCCAGACAAGCACCGAGAUCCAGAGCUCAAGUCACAAGCGGAGCGGCUGUUUAACCUUGUCCACCAGGCCUAUGAAGUGCUUAGUGACCCGCAAACCCGGGCCAUCUAUGACAUAUAUGGGAAGAAAGGACUGGAAAUGGAAGGAUGGGAGGUCGUGGAAAGGAGGAGAGCUCCGGCUGAAAUUAGGGAAGAGUUUGAGCGGCUCCAGAGAGAGCGGGAGGAGAGGAGACUGCAGCAGCGAACCAAUCCCAAGGGAACCAUCAGCGUUGGAGUGGAUGCCACCGACCUUUUUGAUCGCUAUGAUGAGGAGUAUGAAGAUGUAUCUGGAAGUGGCUUUCCACAGAUUGAAAUUAAUAAAAUGCACAUAUCCCAGUCCAUCGAGGCACCCUUGACAACUACAGACACAGCCAUCCUGUCUGGAAGCCUCUCGACCCAGAAUGGGAACGGAGGGGGCUCCAUUAACUUUGCACUCAGGCGAGUCACUUCCGCGAAGGGGUGGGGAGAGUUGGAAUUUGGAGCUGGAGACCUCCAGGGGCCAUUAUUUGGUCUCAAGCUGUUCCGUAAUCUCACGCCAAGAUGCUUUGUGACGACGCACUGUGCGCUGCAGUUUUCAUCCCGAGGCAUCCGGCCUGGCCUCACCACGGUCCUCGCCCGGAACCUGGACAAGAACACUGUGGGCUACCUGCAGUGGCGGUGGGGCAUCCAGUCAGCCAUGAACACUAGCAUUGUCCGGGACACCAAGACCAGCCACUUCACGGUGGCCCUGCAGCUGGGAAUCCCUCACUCCUUUGCACUGAUCAGCUAUCAGCACAAGUUUCAGGAUGAUGACCAGACUCGCGUGAAAGGGUCCCUCAAGGCCGGCUUCUUUGGGACGGUGGUGGAGUAUGGCGCCGAGAGGAAGAUCUCCAGGCACAGUGUUCUGGGUGCUGCCGUCAGCAUUGGAGUCCCCCAGGGCGUUUCCCUCAAAGUCAAGUUAAACCGGGCCAGUCAGACCUACUUCUUCCCUAUCCAUCUGACGGACCAGCUCCUCCCCAGCGCCGUGUUCUACGCCACGGUGGGGCCCCUCGUGGUCUACUUCGCUAUGCACCGUCUGAUCAUCAAACCCUACCUCAGGGCGCAGAAAGAGAAGGAGCUGGAGAAGCAGAGGGAGAGCACUGCCACGGACAUGCUGCAGAAGAGGCAGGAGGCGGAGGCGGCUAUUCGGCUGAUGCAGGAAUCUGUCCGAAGAAUUAUUGAGGCAGAAGAGUCCAGAAUGGGGCUCAUCAUCGUCAACGCCUGGUACGGGAAAUUCGUCAAUGACAAAAGCAAGAAAAGCGAGAAGGUGAAGGUGAUUGACGUGACCGUGCCCCUGCAGUGCCUGGUCAAGGACUCGAAGCUCAUCCUCACAGAGGCCUCCAAGGCCGGGCUGCCCGGGUUUUAUGACCCGUGUGUGGGUGAAGAGAAGAACCUGAAAGUGCUUUACCAGUUCCGGGGUGUCCUGCAUCAGGUGAUGGUGCUGGACAGCGAGGCCCUCCGGAUACCAAAGCAGUCUCACAGGAUCGAUACAGACGGAUAAGCUGCUUAAGAGACAGAGUAAAAAGAGGCUGCAUAAACUAUUCCUGGGAGUCUACAGAUUCAGAAGCAAGAAAAGCCCAGACAUGAGAUGUUUUUAUUUUAUUUUAUUCCUAUAGAAGGUGGCACCAUAUCAAUUAUGUGAAGGGACACGCAGACGGCCCAGCUCCUGUGGGUGCUGUGGGCCCAGGCCACGCCACAGCAUGGAUCAUGUUCCUGGCAGGAAGGGCCUGAGCCCGGGACGCUCGCGGGGCCUGCCCUGGGGCCUGCAGCACGAGCACUCACUGCCGCUGCCGGCCCUCACUAGGGACUACUUUUCCCAGAACCCACACUGGACGUUGAAAACCCAUCAGGAAGGAAGGCGAGGCCUCCAGGUCGGGGAGCACUGAGUGAACGUGGAGUGUGGGUUUAUAAAACUGCUUUUUAUCUGAGAACAGACGGGUUCGGAAAUCAGUCUUUCUCCCCACUCCCAGGGUUUCUCAAAUCAUUCCUGCAGCCCCCGGCUCUGGACAGUGGGGUCACUCCCAGCCCAAGGCCACCCAUUGGGUCAUUUCCUGAACUCCUGCUGGGAAGGACUCUGCCAGUGUCCCCCUCUCCUGAGCCACUGGAGGACGGUGCUGGAGUGAGAGAGCUGUCAAGGGAAGGGAAGUGUUAGCUGAGGGUCCGAAGCGCCAAACCCAGAGGCCUGUGCCUCUAGCAAGCUCCCAGCAGGUGGCACUGUUGGUCCCCACUGGCCCAAGGGACUCCCGGCUCCUUUCACUUGCCCACACUGGAUGCAGCCUUUGUGGGAGUCAGACACCCCGACCUGCCUGGUCACCCUCCACAAGCAGAAGAGCCGAGGCCUGCUACUGGGGUCCUGAGUCGGUCGUGGGCAUGCUGGCACCGAUGGGCUGUGGUGGUCGGCUGGCUCUGGAGGCUGGGCUGCACAUGGCCUCCAACUCUGUGUCUGGAGGAGCUCCCCUCGCCAGCACUGGUGGCAGAGCAGUGGCCAAUAACCCCCUUCCUCCGAUCCUCUAACAGUGAUCUCCAGUUUUAAAGAGAGAGUUCCUCUGGCCGUGACCGAGCAGUGCAGGAAAUGCCAUGUUCUGGACGUGGCCCGGUGCCCUCUGCGGCGGGGCCCUGGGGGCGAGGCCCUCUUCCCUCUUAGCAGCAAACUGUCCCCACAAUAAACCUGUCCUGAAAGCUGA